AUGUCAGCUUUCGACGUUCCCGAAACGGGGCUGUCUCUCUGCAGAGACCCCCCCGGCAGUGACAACAAUGCCAAACCAACCCAGAUUAUGCGAUUGAACCUCGCCCAGAGUACCCUCGAUGACCUGAUCCAAAGCCUACGAUCCGACCAGGCUGCUCGAAUUCGCCUGGGCAAGCACCAGACCAUCUACUACGGUUCCAAGUCCCAGCAGUUUCACUCGUGCCCCGAAACCCACCGUUCCGAGGUCUACAGCGGUAGCUCGGCCGAUAAAGAGAAUCUAUACUUUACGGGCGUUCUGAGCCACAGCUUGGAGGUGCAAAAGGCCAAGGAGGCCACGGCCGCCACCGACCAGGCAUUGGCCAAUCUCGAGCAGAGCUUGAAUGCGUUCGAGAGGGGAAAGGAGUCCAAGAAAACCCACAUCAUCACCAGCAUUGAUGAGGUGAAGGCUCUUCGGGCGGGUGAUAGCCGGUCCAAGUCCAGCAAACAGGCAGCGUUCUUGGGUCGGAAACCCACCAGCAAGGCCGAUCUGGACAAGGAUCGUCUCCUCAAGCCUGCUGCCAACCGCUCCGGGCCCUCGAGCCCGGCUCUCGGUGUUUCUCCCCUCACCCCAACCUCUGCUCCUCUUUCUCAAAAUAAGGACCGACUUCGUCUCGAUGCUCUCAAGGUCCCCUUCAUCCACCUCCUCGCCGUCCGUGCCGUCUCCGCCAAAUUCCUUGCCAAGCAGACUUGCUCGUCUCUUGACGAUUGCACCACCCUGGCCCAGAAAUACGCCGUCGAGAAUCGAAUCAACCGGGAAAAGUUUGAUCUCAGGGACAAAAUAUACAGGGACCUGGAUGUGUGGAAGUUUCCCUACCCGUCUCAAGAAGACAGGCAGGAGGCUAUUGAGAAUGCCAUCUCUGCCUUUGACCGUAUGCGGAUUUCGCGCUCGGACAAGCUAUGGCAGAUGCUUCUCCCCAAGGAAGAACGGGGCAAAGGCAAGUGCCUGUCGCGGCUGGACCUGCGGACAGGGCCCAUCAAGAAGGCCAACACCCCUCGGAUACAGGUGGAAGAUACUGGCAAAGAGGGCUACAGCACUGGCCAUGAGACGGACAAGGCUACUGGCGACGGACUGACGCCCAAGCCGGCAGAGCCCACGUCGGCCCCCCGUUCCAACGCCACUACUCAGAAAAAACGAGUUGGCGAGAAAGAUGCUUUGGCCAAGAAGGCCCCUCCCAAGGCCAAGACUGCUACUACCAACAGCACCUUAACUGGACGUGUCACCAAAAAGCCAGAGCGCAAGCCACCGCCGAAACCAGACGGCAAGUUCAAAUCGGCGGAAUUUGUGCAUGAGUCCGACGACGAUGAUACAGAAAUGCCCGAUGCCCCAGCGACGGAGAAACCUCAACCCCAGAAGACCACCAAACCGCCUGCCCCGAGGCCUGCCGCCCCCGCUAGAGAGUCGAAUACUCCGGCAACCACCCAUGCGCCGACUCCCAAGGUCAGCAAGUCGGAGCAACCAACCCCCAAAGUGGAAUCAUCCCAGACCAGCAACAAGGCGCCUCCUGCAACUGCAUCUAAGCGCCUCCCGUCCUCGCGGGUGUCUAAUUCGAGCUCUCCCCAGAAGCCAUCCCCUCUUGGCUCCUCCCCGCCUACCAACGCGUCCGACUUCCCGAACCGCAGCCGCUCGUCCAGUCAGAAUAAUUCCUCCAGUUCCUCUUCUCCCCUUAUCACCCAGUUAUCCAGGCCGAACAAAGCAGCCGGGCCUACUUCUAGUGCCGCAAAGCCUGCCAAAUCCAAUGGCGUGGCGAAAUCGGUGCCGGCGGCAAAUCCUCUUAAGCGCAAGGCAGAGGUGGACCGGCCUGCUCAAGCCCAGGCGGCAGCACGGGCUCAGAAUCUUGAACACAAGCGGCGACGCGCCGUGAGCACUUCAAGCGGCAGCACCGGGAGUGCCUCCCCGCCGCUUAGCCAUGAGCUACUUCGUCAGCAACUCCGCGAGAAAUCGCAGAAGUUCAAGCAGUUUUAUGCUAAAUACCGCACAUUACACGACGCAUUGGCAACACAUUCAGAUCCUCCGAAGGAGGAACUGGAACGCUUGCAACGGCAGCACGUUCGACUACAAAGAAUGAAAAAGGAAAUCUGGGACGAGGACCGACGACUUCGUGAGGCUAUCUGA